UCAAAGGUUGUUGACAGGAAGUUCUGUUGUGAAACAUCACAUUGCUUGUCGCACCGAGGAGAGGAUCAAACGCUCUUAUCGACCUUCAGCUGCAGGAGUUUGGAAGCUGAAGAUUUGAGGAUUUUCUCUUAUUUGAGGAGCAGCUGCCCGUCAGUCAUGCUGAAAGCUCUCGGACAAGCUUUUUUCUCCACCGGACUGCAGAGUCCUAAAUUCACAGCAGAGGAGGCGAAGGGUCAGGACUAUGAGAUCCGCACCUACCAUCCCACCAGGUGGAUGAGCACCACUGUGAGUGGGAUGCAGGGCGAUGAAUGUACGAGCACCGGCUUCCGCAGGCUCUUCCGCUACAUUCAGGGCAACAACAAGACCAAGACCAAGGUGGAGAUGACCGCACCCGUCACGUGCCAUGUGGUCCCUGGAGCCGGCCCCGCCUGCGAAUCUCAGUUUACCGUGUCCUUCUACAUCCCAGAUGAGCUUCAGGAAAACCCACCUGAGCCCACUGACCCCGAUGUGUUCUUGGAGGACCGGAAAGAGUUCACUGCAUAUGUCAGGACUUAUGGCGGUUUUUCCAAUGACAACUUGAAGCGGGAAGAGCUGCUGAAGCUUUUGGAGAGCCUGAAGAGGGACGGUGUCGAAUUUGUCGACAAGCCGUACUACACGGCCGGGUAUGACAGCCCCUUCAAACUGACCAACCGCAGGAACGAGGUGUGGGUCCUCAAGAAACAGAGCAGCAGUAAAGUUGCACCUAUCAACAACUUAACAAAUGCUCAGACUAAUAUUGAAAAGGAUGAGUCGGUCAUUUACCAUUUAGAUGCACUUAUUGAUUUUGAUGACAAGACCAAAUACUUGGAAGAUGCAGCUGUGAUUGGUACUACAUGUCCAGCAAGUGGCGCUAACUGGAUUAAAAAGUGCCUUGAUUUAAAAAAAAAAAAAAUUAAAAGCACAUAAUUUUUGCUUUUGAUUGUGAAUAUUCUUUUACUGGUUUAAAGGGAGAUUUUAUUAACUAACAGAACAAUGUGUUAACUUGAAAUGAGUGUGAAAGCCAAGCAUUGGAGCAAAUGCAUCUGCUGCUAUUGCUCCAUAUGGGAAUAAACAGACCAAAAAUCUUGUCCCAUCUCUCGUUAGAGAUGUUCCACAACAGUUGCAAAUGAUUUCAAACUUUUCCCAUUUUUGCCACACUACAGCAAAUUAUUAUUAUUAUUAUUUUAUUUUUUUUUUUAACAAAAACAUUUCUAUCCAGCAUCCUAUAGUCAAUAUUUGGUAAAAAACCUUCUUUCAUUGCAGUUGCAAGCUUUUUAUGGUAUUUACAUUCCAGUUUUGCCACCUUUAAUUUGACUCGGUUCUAGAAAUUGGCCAAUUCUAACAGAGGAAUGAGCUCUGACUGUUUAGCUGUGAAUCUCCACCACAAUUUGAAGUCCACUCCUCCCAAGAUAUUUAAGGCCACCUUCCUAUCAAAGCACUUUGCCUGUAGGCCAAAAGCUUCAUGUUGUUUUAACCUGAACAGAACUCCCCCUUCCACAUGAAUGCUGUGUAAGCUGUUUGUUCAGACUGAAAAUGGGACUUCCUUUUCUUUCUUUCAACACUCUCCCAUAAAGGGAGAGUGUUGAAAGAAAUUCAUUCAGAGCAUGCAGAUUCUCCCACCUGAGCUGUCAAUCCCUUCAGCUCCCCCAGACCUACCAAGGUUCACUUUUUUUCCCACUUGGUCUGUUAUCUAAAAUCUUGAUAAAUGGAAAAUGAACAAAGAUAAUUCGCAUUGACUCAUAUUUUUAUACUUUUACAUUGUAGAUGAAAAUGACAACUUUAGCACUUUGCAGCAGAUCAUUUGGCCCUGCUUGGCGUUUGUCAGUUUGAGAACUCCCAGCUUACCUGGUCUCAGACCUCACCCGCAGCCUCUCCCAUCAGAUCCAUUAUGAUUAAUGGAUCUGAUGGGAGUCACUAUUUCUGGAUGCGUCACACCACUGGAGACUCAUCAUUUGUCAUUUUUCUCUGGAGCUAGUGAUGGAUGAAGGCAUGUUAAGUUAGCAGGUGUCGCUGUGUGGCUCAGACCUGCGACACUUUUAGAUAUCUAGAGGGUUGCAGAUAUUUACAGAAAGGCAGUCAUAAGCACUAACAGGAGAUUUUUUAUAUGAGUAAUUGUGUGAUACAAUGUUCUUGAUUGCUUCUAAUAUAAUGUUGAAUGUAAAGCGUUUUCAUCAGUAAUAAAGAGAACUAAUUAAUGUA